AUGGAUGAUAGAGUUCUUUUGAAAGUGUAUUAUUUUGGUCAAAUUUUGUUACAAACAUCUGAAGGAGUAAAAUUCAUUUGUGAAAAUCCGUUAGAUGUUGUUAUUUCCUUCCCAAUCUCAUUUGAAGACCUCAUAGGUGUGAUAUGUGAGAAGCUAGAUUUUGAGAUGUCAAGGAAAAUAUCUUGUAUUUUAUACAGAUAUUCCAUACCGGUGUUUGGUGGAUUUGUCCAAUUUCAAGUCAAAUAUGUAACGGACGAAGCUAGUUUGCAAGAGAUGUUUUCGAUGUAUAUUGAAAGUCAUGCUCAAAUCCCGUUCAUUGAGUUGUACGUUGAGUUCGAACAAUCUGAGGCCGACCGGAAUAUUCUAUGCGAAGAUUACAAUAGUGACAGUGAAGAAGAGUUCGAAAGCAAUUACGAAGUUGUUGGUCUAGACGGUGAUGAAGAUGAAGGUGAUGGUCUCAUGGCUCCAAAUGUGACGGACGUAGCAAAUGCACUCGCAAACGAAGAGCCGUUUGAGGAGCCAUCUUUCAUGCGAUUUCGAUUAUUAAAUAUUCGUUUAUUAAGUAUUUUCUGUUCGGCUGCCUUCGCCGCAGAAACUCCUAUUGUCACAGAUGGUGAAUUUGCCGUUAGGAUGGAAUUCAGUUCUAGGGAAGCUGUUAUUAAGGCAAUGAAAGAGUAUACCAUCCGAAGAAGUGUAGACUACCGGGUGUAUGAGUCGGAGCCGUUGACAUUUUAUGCCAAGUGCACACAAUAUGGGUCACGAUGUGAUUGGCUGAAUUUGCCGUUGGUAUGGAGUUUAGUUCCAGGGAAGCUGUUAUUAAGGCGAUAA